CGCCGCAUCAGGCCGCGCCCGUGGACGCGGACGUGCCCAUGGAGGACAGGGACGCCUGCAUCCUCAGCCAGGAUUUCUUCUGUACCCCGGAUUACCUCACGCCCGAUGCGCCGCAGCUGGCGAGCGGCUUCGACGCCGAUAAGGAGAACACCCCUUGCCCCCAAUCUCCAGAGAAGUCAGUGGCCCGGAGCAAGAGGUACAAGAGAGAUUCUUCCCCGAAAGGUCGAUCCAUGGACCUAAUGGAGGCGGAUAGCCAGGAGAUUACUCCGGUCCGAUUUUCUCUAAGUCAAGAUGAUCCAGAGGAAGAAAAGAUGGCGCAACCUAGUUCGCAAAAGAGAGGUAGCUAUGUCCCACAUUCAGCAAGAGUUCUGCGCUCCCAGGUGACGCCUCCACCAUGCAUCAAGAAUCCAUAUAAUAUGGACCCUCGGAUAGAUGAUAAUGUGUUCUCCGUGAGGAAAUGCAAAUCAUCAGGGUCUUCUCCCUCUAUUGGCGCUGACGGUCUUUCACGUUACCGUACCGAUUUCCAUGAAAUUGAGCAAAUUGGAUGUGGAAACUUCAGUGUCGUGUUUAAAGUUCUGAGGAGGAUAGAGGGCUGCUUGUAUGCAGUAAAACGGAGCAUCAAGCAGUUGCAUAAUGACAUGGACAGGAGGCAAGCAUUGAAGGAAGUGCAUACUUUGGUGGCCUUAGGUAACCAUGAGAACAUAGUUGGAUAUUUCACCUCUUGGUUCGAGACCGAAAAACUUUAUAUCCAGAUGGAACUCUGUGACCGUUCCCUAUCUGUGAAUGGGGACAAGCCGUUGGAGUUUGGGGAUGCCCUGGAACUGUUGUAUCAGAUCUGCAAAGGUUUGGACUUCAUUCACGGGCGUGGCGUAGCACACCUUGACGUGAAACCAGAUAACAUAUAUGUCAGGAAUGGUAUUUAUAAGCUUGGAGAUUUCGGUUGUGCUACACUUAUUGAUCGAAGUUUGGCAAUCGAAGAAGGAGAUUCUCGUUAUAUGCCUCCAGAAAUGUUGAAUGAAAAGCAUGAGCAUCUUGACAAGGUAGACAUCUUUUCUCUCGGGGCAGCUGUCUAUGAGCUUAUAAGAGGCACUCCGCUUCCUGUUUCUGGACACCAGUUUGCAAGUCUCAGAGAGGGCAAAAUCUCAUUGCUACCAGGACACCCAAUGCAGUUCCAGAGUUUAAUCAAGUCGAUGAUGGACCCUGAUCCCGUGAGGCGGCCGUCUGCGAAAGAGAUCCUGAGACACCCCAUAUUCGAGAAGCUGCGUAAUGCCUCGGCAAAGAAGUAGGACACCGCAUCCGUCACCCAGAUCCUGCAGUAGGAGAGCAGGCAAGCAGCCACCAGCCAAGCGAGCUAGCACAACAUCGGCUGCUGCCAAAUUUUGUCUGUCUGAAAGAAGGCUCUCCGAAAACGCGCCACGGAUCAGUUUUUUGCCCUGAUCUGUUGUUCCUGUAUAGCUACUGAGUGUUCUUAAGCUGUGAAGCCAUUUGUGCGCAGGGAACUCGAGCAAUAUCUGUAAGUUAUGGCCGUGUUGGUCCUGGGUGUUUUGGGUUUGGUCUGGGGGUUGUGCAUCUCGUGUUCAAUUCCUGGAGAGCCAGGAACUCUUCAUUGGUUUGCUGGUGUACUGGUGUUGUGGUUAGCCUGCUUGACUGCCAUUUGGUAUUGUGAUGAUUGUGUGGGAGGAACUAAAGGAAGGAUUAUGAUGUCCUUUUUUCAGUUGGACUUGUGGCAUUUUCGCAGUCGUAAAUAAACAAGAAUUUAACA